AUGUCGUAUGAAGAGAAAUAAGCCGAACUUAUAAGAAGGAGAAAGUUAUUAUAUGGAGUCAAAGACAUUGAAAAACUUAUUUCAAAAUCGAGAGAAACUUAAUAGUAUAUGUAAAAGAGCAAGCAAGAUUAAAGUACUAGCUCUAGCAAUAAGAAAUCAAAAGAUUGUAAAGACAGGCUAAUAAUCUCUUAAAGAAGUUAAUGUAAAGCAUUCUUCGAUAUUUGGAUGCUGAUUCUUGUUGGUUACUCUUGCUUUACCACGAUCUAUUAGUACUAUUACAUCGAUCAUAAAUAUAGUGUUUCCUUUGGAAUUGAAGUAGAUGGAGUAUUUAGUAAUAUCGAUGACGUCGUUACUGGUUUCUUCGGAAUGGAUCUCUUAACAAGUAACACUAAUACAUCAUAAAAAUCUUCAAUGCUAAUAGAUUUCAUGAUGGAAUACUAAGAUUAGGAAACGUUUCAGAUGAUCAGAGAUCACAAGAAAAUUGCUAAGAAAUACAUUAUGGGUGGUUGGUUCUUUAUAGACUUCGCCGCUACUUUCCCUAUAAAUUAUGUAGUGGGUGGAAGUGUCCUAUGGUCUAGACUUCUAAGAUUGUUCAGAUUGCCAUAGCUCAUUAAGAUUUUGGAUUUAUCCAGAUUUAACAGAAGUAGUAAUAGAUAGGAUAGAAUAGUUGCUCAAUACAUCCUGAUGUAUUCCUACAAGAUCUUCAGAUUAAUCAUUAUUGCUAUUAUCAUCACUUACUUCGUUGGAUGCUUCUGGUAUUUGAUAUCCUCGAAUCUGAAUUCAGAUGAUAACUAUGAUUAAUCUUUUGUGGCUAAAUAUUUUGUUGAUGUUCCAGAGGACUAUGACAGACUUAUCAUUAGUUGUUAUUUUGCUUUAACGACAUUAUCAACUGUUGGUUACGGUGAUCUUGUUCCUUAAACUCAGGUUGAAAUGAUCUUUGGCAUCUUAGUAAUGCUUUGUGGAGUCGGUUUCUUUUCUUAUAUUAUGAGCUCUUUCAUUGAAAUUAUAUCAAACUAUGAUAAGAAAAUGGGUGCUGUAGAUAAAGGCACUGAGUUGCAUAACUGGAUGACAUUGCUUACAAGAUUUACUAAUAAUAAGCCUUUACCGAAAAGUCUUAUAAAUUAGAUAGAUAAUCACUUCAGCUACUAUUGGAAUAACGAUAGAUUAGCUUCCUUAAGUAAGAAAAAUGAAUACCUAAAUGCAUUACCAAGAUCUAUCAAAAGAAAUGUACAAUUUAUUACUUCUCUAACUCUUAAAUAGAUAAUGAUACAUUACUUAUUUGAUGAUAUUUUCUACAAGUUUAGAUUUUUCUUCAACUCCCAAAAGUAUAAAGAUUCAAAGUUCCUUUAUGACAUUUCUUUCGGACUAAAGCCAAGAAAGUUUGAAACUAAUGAUGAUGAAAAACUUAUUUACGAUGAAGAAGAUGAAGUUUCAGAAAUGUAUUUCAUUCAAGAAGGAACUGUUGGAAUUGGCUACUAUUUAUUUAGUUAGGGUCUUUCCAAGAAGUAAUACAAGUUAGGAAUAUUCAUGAAAGACAAUUCAUUUAUAUGUGAUUAUUAUGUGUGCAAUAAUAAAAAGAGUGAGUUUAUUUUCAUAGCUGUGAGUGAGGUUAAAGCUUUCGCUCUCUCGAAAAGAUUUUUACUUCAUAAUAUUUUUGAGAAAUAUCCAGAUAUAGCUUCUGAGAUUAAAGAGCAAUCAUAUUACAGAUAUAAGAAGAAUGUUAAAAAUAGAUUGAUAAAGCAUAGAUAAGAGCAUCUUGAAGAGAUCAAUAAAAAGAGCAGUUAUAAGUACAUAUAAGUCAGAGAAAAAUCUGAUGGAGCAAUUAUUCAUUAGCAUGGGGGUGAGAAACCAUCUCAAGGUAACCUUGAGUCUAGAGCAGAGAUGCAAAAUGACAUUAAACUUGGCAAAGAGCAAGGUGAGACUGACUUGAAUUCUAUCUUGAAACGAAGAAUAGAAGGAAUACAAAAUGAGAUGUCCAAAUUUAACUAGAAUAUAUCUGAAUUUGCUGAGACUUGCGACACCGAACUAAACAACUUGAUAGGAAACAUCAAUUUGUUACAGAGAAAUCUUGGAUACCUUAAUCAAUAGUUCUAGCAAUAGACACAAUGA